AUGGCCUUCUCCGUUCGGGCCGUCCUGGCCACUCUAUGCGCUUUGCCUCUGGCUCUCGGUUCCUACGCUACAUCCAGCAAUGGAGGAAAGUGCUCAGCUUCACGCUACGAAGCCCAGCCGCGGGCCUUCAUUUGCACCGACAUGUCCAAUGAGCCCGAUGAUCAAAUGUCACUUGUUCGUUUGUUGACCUACUCCAACGAGAUCAACAUUACUGCUAUUGCCGCCGUGACCUCGGUGUGGAAGAACGACACCAUCGACAAGGAGACCAUCGGAACCGUGCUGGGCGCCUACGGAGGCGUUGUUGACAACUUGAACGCCAACCUUUUGGAUGAUGCCGCAGCCUAUCCCACGGGAGACUACCUGCUCGACCGUCUCGUGACUGGCUGGCCCGUGUAUGGACUGGCAGCCUUUGAUGAGGAUGGUAUAAGCACAGCUGCCCAAAAGCUCAUUGAGGAAGCCGACGAGAGCAGCGCCGAGAGCCCACUCUGGGUUGCCCUCUGGGGUGGCGCCAACGUCUUGGCCGAGGCACUGAGAAACGUCUCGGCAACCCGCGACGCAGAGGCCGUUGACACUUUUGUCUCGAGCCUGCGCGUUUACUCCAUCUCGGACCAAGACAAUGCGGGCCGCUGGAUCCGUUACAAUUAUCCCAAGCUCUCCUUCGUUGUUUCCCUGCACGGCUUCAGCGAAUACACCGAGGCAACAUGGAAUGGCAUCUCCGGUGAACUGUUCCGCCACUUUGACAAGGGCGGACCCGACACCAGCCUGGUCACCAACGACUGGUUGCAGACGCACAUUCGCAUUGGUGAACUCGGCCAGCACUACCCCAAUUUUUCCUUCAUCAUGGAGGGAGAUACGCCAUCGUUCUUCCCGCUCAUCCAGAAUGGUCUAGGUGAUAUUGAGCACCCCGAAUGGGGCAGCUGGGGAGGGCGCUACAUUCCCGCAGAUGCUUCCGGUCUCUCCGCCGUCUAUGCCGACGCAUCAGACUUUGUUAUUGGUGCCAACGGCGACACAUUCUACAGCGGAUUUGCGAGUAUCUGGCGAUGGCGACAGGCCUACCAGCAUGACUUUGCCAUGCGCAUGGGCUGGACUACGGGCGGCUUUGAGGAGAACAACCAUGCGCCAGUCGCCGUGAUCAACGGAUCUUGUGGUCCUACGGCUCUCCAGCUCGACUACACGUUUGGCGACUCCAUUGUCCUGGAUGCGUCGGAGAGUUGGGACCCAGAUGGUGAUGACCUCACCUUUGAAUGGCUGCACUACAGAGAAGUGGUGCAAAGAUUGGAGGGCGAGAUCUCUCCAGUCAGCGAGAAUGUUACCUUUACGCCCUCGGAGACCCAAAAUGGUCUGGUUAGCAUCACGCCGAAUGACAACAUUACAAUGCACAUUAUCCUCCAAGUGCAAGAUGACCGCCCCAUGAACGUUACAACGUAUCGCCGCAUCAUCUUGAACCCUGUAGCUUAG